CCUUUUGUGGUGAAUCUUGAGCUUAUUUUCUUCCUGGGUUUUAUCUCAAAUUUCUCGGUUUUGAUGCAUUUUUCACUUUGGAAAUCCAUAGCUCACUGUGCUUCUCUGAUCUUAGACAAGAAGAGCAAGAAAAGGGAUGGGUCUGAAUCAGCUGCUGAAACCAAGCAGAACCCUUCAAUUAUCCGGAAACUCCAUGAAAGCAAGCUCAGGGAAGCUCUCGAAGAGGCGUCUGAAGAAGGGUCUUUGUUCAAGUCCCAGAACAUUGAACCCGAUUCCCUAGCCAAUCAAGAUAAGAGCUUGGGACGAUCAAGAUCCCCUGCAAGGCUCAAUGCUCAUCGCGAAUUCUUGCGAGCCACCGCUCUGGCUGCCGAGCGCACAUUCGAGAGUGAAGAUUCCAUCCCUGACGUGCACGAGGCAUUCGGUAAGUUCCUUACAAUGUACCCAAAGUACCAGUCAUCAGAGCAAAUUGAUCAAUUGAGGUCGGAUGAGUAUUCACAUUUGUCACCCACGGUAUGCCUUGAUUAUUGUGGAUUCGGGCUUUUCUCUUAUAUUCAAACUUUGCAUUACUGGGAAUCCUCUACUUUUAGCUUGUCUGAGAUUACUGCAAAUUUGAGUAAUCAUGCACUUUAUGGUGGUGCUGAGAAAGGAACUGUGGAGUACGAUAUAAAGAGUAGUAUAAUGGAUUAUUUGAAUAUUCCUGAGCAUGAGUAUGGUCUUGUGUUUACUGUAAGUAGAGGGUCCGCGUUUAAGUUGCUGGCUGAUUCUUAUCCGUUUCAAACGAAUAAGAAAUUGUUAACGAUGUUUGAUUACGAGAGUCAGUCGGUGAAUUGGAUGGCUCAGAGUGCUAGGGAAAAAGGUGCAAAAGUAUACAGUUCUUGGUUUAAAUGGCCAACUCUUAAACUUUGCUCUGCUGAUUUGAGAAAGAGGAUUGCAAAUAAGAAGAGGAGGAAGAAGGAUUGUGCUACUGGUCUUUUCGUUUUUCCAGUGCAGUCUAGAGUUACGGGGGCCAAGUAUUCCUACCAGUGGAUGGCAUUGGCUCAGCAGAACAAUUGGCAUGUCUUGCUUGAUGCUGGUUCAUUGGGUCCAAAAGACAUGAAUUCACUUGGCCUGUCGUUGUUUCGUCCAGAUUUCAUUAUCACAUCAUUCUAUAGAGUGUUUGGAUAUGAUCCAACUGGCUUUGGAUGCCUUCUUAUAAAGAAAUCAGUCAUGGGAAGCCUUCAGAACCAGUCUGGAUCGACUGGUUCUGGAAUGGUGAAGAUUACCCCAGAGUAUCCUCUCUAUCUGAGUGAUUCUGUAGAUGAUCUCGACGGAUUGGGUGAGAUCGUGGACAAUGUAGUUGGUCUGAAUGGUGAUAAGCCCUCAGAAAACCGUCCAGGAACGCAUCUGCCUGCCUUUUCUGGUGCCUACACACCUGCUCAAGUACAGGAUGUAUUUGAGACGGAAAUGGAUCUAGAUAAUAGUACUGACAGAGAUGGUGCAAGCAGCAUAUUUGAAGAAACAGAGAGUAUUUCUUUCGGAGAAGUGAUGAAAAGCCCCAUCUUCAGUGAAGACGAGUCUUUGGACAACUCAUUCUGGAUUGAUUUGGGUCAGAGUCCAUUGGGGUCUGAUAAUGCAGGUCAGUUGAAUAAACAGAAAAUAUCCUCCCCUUUGCCACCAUUUUGGUUUAGUGGCAGGGAGAGCCACAAGCUGCUCUCUUCGAAGCCAACAUCCAGCCCGAUAUAUGAUGAUAAAGAUCUUUCUCUCAGGCAUGACAAUCAUCAUGUGUUAUCAUUUGAUGCUGCCGUUCAAUCAGUUUUGCAGGAACCGGAUCUCGCGAGGGAUAUCCCUGGUGAAGCACAAUUUGCAAGAACUAGCAACAUCCCACAAAAUCAUAAGAAGGCUUCGGACCGCACACAUCUUCUGGAAAUCCAGGAAGAACAGGGUACUAGCAAACCACUGUCUGUAGAGUCUGUAUCUAAUUCUUCUGUCUUUCGGAAUAAUGGCCUACUACAUGACUUAAUUUCCUCAGAGAUUAAAGACAAUGCCAUAAGAAGAGAAACGGAAGGCGAAUUUCGGUUACUGGGGAGGAGGGAAGGAAAUAAGUAUAAUGGUGGUAGAUUUUUAGGGUUAGAAGAUGAAGAUCCUAGUAGAGGAAGAAGGGUCUCCUUUAGCAUAGAGGGUAGUCAUAAAGAACACGUGAGUCGUUCUUUGGAGCCAGGAGAAGCAUCUGGGACCAGCCUUGAUAAUGAAGACACCAAUAGUGAUGGAGAACACGGUGAUGGGCAAGAUUGGGAAAGGAGGGAGCCUGAGAUAACUUGUAGGCAUCUUGAUCACAUUAAUAUGUUAGGGCUCAAUAAAACCACUCUUAGAUUACGGUUUUUGAUUAAUUGGCUUGUAACCUCGUUACUGCAGCUCAAGUUAGCUAAUUCAGAUGGAGAUGGCAGAGUGAAUCUUGUUCACAUUUAUGGCCCAAAAAUAAAGUAUGAAAGGGGAGCAGCAGUGGCUUUCAAUGUGAGGGAUCGAAACCAGGGACUCAUUAAUCCAGAGGUUGUUAUGAAGUUAGCUGAAAGGGAAGGUAUCUCUCUUGGUAUCGGUUUCCUCAAUCACAUACGAAUACUAGAUAGUCCACGACAACAACCAGCGGCUUCAAACCUGGAGGAUACAGUGCUGUGCAGACCGAUGAAAAAUGAUCAACAUAAUGGGAAGAGUGGGUUCAUUAGAGUUGAAGUCGUUACAGCUUCACUCAGCUUCCUUACUAAUUUUGAGGAUGUCUAUAAGUUGUGGGCCUUUGUGGCAAAGUUCCUUAACCCAGUUUCCAUCAGAGAGGGUACACUCCCAACUGUCACAGAAGAAUCCGAGACAUAACUUCUGAAAUUUAGCAAUUCAAAAUCAUUUGCUAAAUAAUCUGGGAGUCUGACCUGAAGAUUAGGAAGUCCCUGGAGAGGAUUUGGAGGUACUAGUAUAUGCAAUUCUUGCUCUUCCGCAAGACUCUCGGAUCCAAGCAG